GUGCGAUAUUGAUGUUUAUGCAGUGUCCAUCAAAUUUUUUGGCUGCUUAUACGCUGCGUUCGUUGUGGAAAGAGAGCAGCCAGGCAUGGCGAUGUUAAUGGCAUCUCGUCGCGCCUCUGUCGGGUCGACGACGUCGUUUAUGGUUGAGUUGCUGGGAUAUGGUUCUUGCUGGAGGUCGUUUUCGACGUCCUUCAGGGAGGAACGAGACACAUUUGGCCCGAUUCAAGUUCCCUCUGACAAAUUGUGGGGAGCUCAAACUCAAAGAUCAUUGCAGAAUUUUGAGAUCGGUGGUGACCGUGAGCGAAUGCCUGAGCCAAUUAUCCGUGCUUUUGGUGUCCUUAAAAAAUGUGCUGCCAAGGUCAACAUGGAGUAUGGUCUUGAUCCAUCUAUAGGGAAAGCCAUAAUGCAAGCAGCCCAAGAGGUGGCUGAAGGAAAGCUUAAUGACCAUUUCCCUCUGGUGGUAUGGCAAACCGGCAGUGGGACUCAAAGCAACAUGAAUGCCAAUGAGGUAAUAGCAAAUAGAGCAGCUGAAAUUCUUGGCCGUAAGAGAGGUGAAAAAUUCGUGCAUCCAAAUGACCAUGUGAACAGAUCACAAUCUUCUAAUGACACAUUUCCAACAGUCAUGCAUAUUGCUGCUGCAACGGAAGUAAAUUCAAGAUUAUUACCGAACUUGAAGAACUUACAAACCACACUCCAUUCUAAGGGAUGUCUUGUUAGGUUAGGACAGAAAAUACCUGUGGUGCCAUGGAAGUCAGUUGAAUUCAAAGAUAUUAUUAAAAUUGGACGCACUCACACUCAAGAUGCAACACCUUUGACUCUUGGGCAAGAGUUCAGUGGCUACACCACGCAAGUGAAAUAUGGAAUUGAUCGAAUCUUGAGCACCCUUCCACGCAUGUAUCAGGUGUCAUUUGAGCAGCUUGCACAGGGUGGCACUGCUGUGGGGACUGGACUGAACACUAAGAAAGGGUUUGAUGUAAAGAUUGCUGCAGCAGUAGCUGAGGAAACAAGAUUACCAUUUAUUACAGCAGAAAACAAAUUUGAGGCACUGGCUGCACAUGAUGCUUUUGUUGAAACCAGUGGAGCUCUAAACACUAUUGCUGCUUCCCUUAUGAAGAUUGCAAAUGAUAUACGCUUGCUAGGAAGCGGUCCACGUUGCGGCCUUGGUGAACUUAUUCUUCCUGAAAAUGAACCUGGCAGCAGUAUCAUGCCUGGGAAAGUCAACCCAACUCAGUGUGAAGCCCUUACAAUGGUUUGUGCUCAGGUUAUGGGAAACCAUGUUGCUGUUACUGUGGGUGGAUCAAAUGGUCAUUUUGAGCUUAAUGUUUUCAAGCCUAUGAUUGCUGCUGCUCUUCUACAUUCAGUGAGAUUAAUAGGGGAUGCAUCUGCAUCUUUUGAAAAGAAUUGUGCAAGGGGAAUCCAGGCCAAUAGGGAGCGGAUUUCAAAAUUACUGCAUGAGAAAAUUGGCUAUGACAAUGCUGCUGCAGUUGCCAAAAAGGCUCACAAGGAGGGAAGCACUCUGAAGGAAGCUGCUCUAAAACUAGGAGUACUCACCAGUGAAGAGUUCAACCAACUUGUAGUGCCAGAGAAGAUGAUUGGUCCCUCGGAC